AUGGUCAAGGAACGGAAUCAGUUUGUGGGCGUACCUCGCUUCCAAGGCAGUCAGCGGCCGGGCACGGCGCUGUCCACAACGCUGUCGGCUUCCCCGCUCGCCUCUCGGGCGUCACAGCUAGGACUCGGAUUGGGCAAGGGUGGUAUGGGCCUCGGGAAGGGGAAGGCCAUGAAGAGACACAAGAAAGUACACCGAGACACCAUCCAAGGCGUAACCAAAGGGGACAUUCGUCGGUUGGCUCGACGAGGCGGGGUAAAGCGUAUCUCCGCCACGAUCUACGAUGACGUCCGCUUUGAGCUCAAAGCUCGCCUGGAACUACUCCUCAAAAAUAUCAUAGCCCUGGUCGAGCACUCGGGCCGCAAGACGGUAGUCGUCACAGACGUCAUCUUCACUCUCAAUAGGCUUGGUCGACCACUGUACGGGUUUGACCCAUCAUUCGAUGGGCGUCACAGAUGA